AUGCCGAUCCGCCCUCUCGACGAAUGGGCCGUGGGCCGCACCCAGUCCCUCCCACUCUCUGCUCUCAAGGGCGCAGUUGUCGGUAUCGAUGCUUCACACUACAUCCAACAGCACCUGGUAAACCAGUCGACCCGGGAGGCCUUGUUAGGCGCGCUCGGUGGCUUUCCCUUCGCCUUGAAGAGCAACAUUGAGAAAGAGCUUCUCGCAUUCAAGAAUCUGGGCGUGGGAUGCAUUUUCGUCUUCAAUGGCUUGGAUUUUGGCAAGAGAGAUCAACGGCCGCCACCCCAGUCCGCCUCCGCGCGCUCCUUUGAGUCCGCCUGGGAGCUCUAUGAUGCCCAACAGGCGGAUCAAGUCGUGGAUGCCUUCAGCAAUGCCGGUAUGCAUACCUUCGAUGUCCAUUUGACAGACAUCCGGUCGCCUUCCCUGCCGCCCUGUAACAUCAUUACCUGGCUGCCAGACUCCCCAACAGCCGCUGACGAUCAAUCCGCAGGGACCCCACCCCCCGAAACCCUCUACAAGUUCCUGCAGCGAAUUCUGUCCCAGAAUGGCGUCUCCUUCAUGGUGGCUCCCUACAGCGCAGCCGCCCAGCUCUCAUAUCUUGCUCGUGGCUCCAACCCUGUCAUCGAUGCCGUGUACGGACCCUCCGAAGCUUUACUGUUCGAUAUUGAUAAGCUUGUGACGCGCAUUGAGACCGAGCCGGCGCAAUUCACCUGGCUCACCAAACAGACUUGCCAAGAAGAACUGGGACGCCUGUCCAACGACCAAUUCUUGGACUUUUGCCUUCUCCUGGGUUCCCCAUUCCUACGAUCCUUCCCGCUAUUUGAGAAUCCCGGCUUCCCCGGCAAGCUCCCUACCAUUCGCGAUGCGCUCCCCAUGUUCAAUGCCGCUGGGCGAAGUGCCCUUACGUUGUGCGCCCAGUUUGAAGACGAUCGACGCCUGCAAGAACUACAAUACUUGGAUCGGUACAAGCGGGCCUACAUGAUUGUGAAACACCACGUCUAUGUGGAUCUCGAUGGACGUGUUGGCCCAAUGGACCCGGAAACUACUUCUUCGGAUAUGCAUGAGCUCAUCGGCCAGCGUCUUCCUGAGGAACUCUACUUCUAUCUAUCCAAGGGUGUCCUGGGCCCGGACAUACCGAACUUCUUAACAUCUGGCGAAGUGCGCAUCUCACUUCCUCUAGGCACAGAAGACACCGAAGUGUACCGCCAACUUGUUGGCGAUACGCUCACCCCGAUCCGGACACAAUCCAUUGGUCUUCUGGCUAACUCUCUCCACCGCUUCUACCAAACCAAACCUCCGCGGGACCCCUCAGUUAAGGAGACCAUUCAGGCCUGGAGGAUUCCCGGUGAUCGGUUGCCCGAAGGCGUGAAGAAGUUGCAGGCGCCCCGUGGAUCCUUUAAAUUUGCUCUUCAGAGCUUAAACAAUGCGGACUUUGUAUCGAAGUCCUUCGCUACCAAAGAGACUCCCGCUCUGUCAUCACAGGCAGAUAUUCUAUCCAAUGUCAUUUGGCGAUUCCUGCAACUGCGUGGAUACGUUGAUGACAAGCACAAGCUCACCGCGUGGGGCAAGUGCUUGGAACAAGCGCUCUCAGUCGUGGACCCGGCGGAUAAUUUGGAGGAUACCAUAUUCAUUGCUAUCGAGAUGCUCCGCAUGGACCUUCUGAACACUAAGCAUUGGUUCGCCCACGUAUCGGGCGGGCCUAUGCGAGGAUCAGAGGAUGACAAGACCUUCAACAUGCUAGUUUCCCGCGUGGCGUGUAUUGCAAAGCUGCAGCACAAGGCUAUCGGAUACUCCGGUCCUUUGAGCAGACAGCUCCUGUGCUACCGCUCGUUGAUUUCCGAGGUGCGCUCGGCGCUACGAAACCUGGUUGAGGUCGUCUUGACCGGUCUAUUGCUCAGCGGCGAGGCCGACCGGGAUCGCAAGGACUGGACUGAGAUGGGAAUUAAGCUACCUUUUAUUGAUGAUAAUGACUGUGGUCUCGGCAUUGCUGUUCGCACCUAUCUGGACGAUCUCCCCCUGCAGGCCAACCCUACCUCGCCCGAGGCUCGGGCGGAGGUCAAGUCGAAGGGCAAGGAAUGGUUCCAACACAGCGAGAGUUUCACCGGCAAUUUGGACCUGGCUUUCAAGCUCUGGGAUGCGGUCUACAAGGGAACACAGAACGCGAGCAAAGAGUUCAAGGAGACAAAACUCUGGGAUGACGCGAACAAGUGGCUUUCCGAGCGACGAUAA